GGGUUUCCGCGUUCACAGAUGUAAACAAAUGAUGUAGAGUUUAACCGAAGUCAGGAGCGGGUCUGUGGAGAGAUGAUCUGGGACCAGCUGCAGCUCAACCCGACCAUCACCGCGGCGCUACAGAGAGCUCAACUAAAGUCCUUCAGGGAGGUCUUGUGUGUUUCGGGUCUGGACCUGCAGAGACUCACUGGUUUGUCCCAGUCUGAGGUCCAGCAGGUGCUUGUCGCCACCGCCGCCGCAUGCAGAAGACAUCGUCCAAUCACAGCCUUGCAGCUGCAACAGGCCGAGGGUCAUCAUGGGUUCCAGUCUGGCCUCAGGCUUGGACUUGGCUGUCCAGUUCUGGACCAGCUGCUGAAGGGGGGUCUGCCUGUAGGGACCAUCACAGAACUGUCAGGAGAGAGCGGGGCAGGCAAGACCCAGCUGGGCCUGCAGCUGAGCCUGUCAGUGCAGUACCCCCGAGAACAUGGAGGCCUGAGCUCAGGAGCGCUGUAUAUCUGCACUGAGGACCCGUUUCCCAUCAGGCGUCUGCAGCAGCUGAUCUCAGAACAGUCAGUUCUGCGCUCUCACGUCCCACCUUCUUUGAUCUGUGGUAUUCGGUUCAGUGACCAGGUCUACAUCGAGCACACAGCUGAUCUGGAAUCUCUGCAGGCGUGUCUGACUUGCCGUGCCCCCAUCCUGCUGGCUCGGGGUCUGGUCCGGCUCGUUGUGAUUGACUCGGUGGCAGCUCUGUUCAGGUGUGAGUUUCAGGCAGACGAAUGGCGGGAAAGGAACAAACAGCUGCUCACCUUUUCUUCCAGCCUCCAUCACCUGAGCCAUCAGUUCAACGUCGCUGUCCUCUGCAUCAACCAGGUCACAGAUGUUUUCAACCAGUCAGCCCAUGGUUUGGGUCCUUUGUCCUCGUCAGUCUGUCCCGCCCUCGGUCUGGCCUGGGCCAAUCAGGUCACGGUUCGGCUGAUGAUGCGUCGUCUUCAGGGGACGGUUUCCCGCAGCAACCAGAGCAGCGCCCUCCGCAGGUUGGAAGUGGCGUUUGCCCCUCACCUACCCAACGAUGGCAGAGGCUUUGCAGUUUGGAGGGAGGGGAUUCGUGGAGUCCUGGACCCUGAGUGACUUGAGACCACCUUCAUUCAGUUCUUACUAAAUAUAGGUGAACUAGAAACUUCAUGUAAAUCUAAAAAUCUGAUGUUCUUCUCCUGAUUAAACUGACAGUCUCAGUGGAA